AUGUCCUCUCCUUUCUCGAUAAACGGCGGAGCCUGUGUCGCCAUGGUCGGAAAGGACUGUGUCGCUAUCGCAUGCGAUCUUCGCCUCGGUCUCCAGGCUCUUACUGUGUCCAACAAUUUCCCCAAGAUCUUCCAGUACGGCGACGUCUUCUUAGGUCUCACUGGCCUGGCUACCGAUGUCAACACCGUGAGCGACCUCUUCCGCUACAAGGUCAACAUGUAUCGCCUGCGUGAGGAGCGCUCCAUCGCCCCUCGAACCUUUGCCAACCUCGUUUCCUCAUCUCUCUACGAGCGCCGUUUUGGACCUUACUUUGUGUCUCCUGUUGUUGCUGGUCUUGAUCCUAAGACUGGCAAGCCUUUUAUCUGUGGAUUCGAUAGUAUUGGCUGUAUCGACUUUGCUAAGGACUUCAUUGUCUCUGGCACCGCUUCGGAGCAGCUCUUUGGCAUGUGCGAGGGUCUCUGGGAGCCUGAUCUGGAACCCGAUGCCCUCUUUGAGACCAUCUCUCAGUCGUUGCUCAACGCUGUUGACCGUGAUGCCCUUUCAGGCUGGGGUGCUCACGUUUACAUUAUCGAGAAGGACAAGGUCACCAAGCGAUUACUAAAGGGACGACAGGACUAG